AUGACCCGGAUGCUUGCCUGCUCAGACCUGGCUUGUUGCCUGAUACAGGUCCACGGACACAAAGGAGUCCAGUUCCAAAACUGGGCGAAGACGUAUGGCUGCUGCCCAGAGAUGUACUACCAGCCCACAUCCGUGGAAGAGAUCAGAGAGGUGCUGGCGCUGGCCAGGCAGCAGAACAAGCGGGUGAAGGUGGUGGGUGGAGGUCACUCACCCUCCGAUAUCGCCUGCACCGAUGGCUUCAUGAUCCACAUGGGCAAGAUGAACCGAGUCCUGAAGGUGGACAAGGAGAAGAAGCAGGUGACGGUGGAGGCUGGCAUUCUCCUCGCUGACUUGCACCCACAGCUGGACAAGCAUGGCCUGUCCCUGUCCAACCUGGGAGCCGUGUCAGACGUGACGGCAGGGGGCGUUAUUGGGACUGGGACGCACAACACUGGCGUGAAGCAUGGCAUCCUACCCACCCAGGUGGUGGCGCUGACCCUGCUGACGGCCGAUGGAGUCCUUCUGGAAUGCUCCAAGUCCAGCAAUGCGGACGUGUUCCAGGCUGCGCGAGUGCACCUGGGCUGUCUGGGCGUCAUCCUCACCAUCACCCUGCAGUGCGUGCCUCAGUUCCACCUGCUCGAGACGUCCUUCCCCUCCACCUUGAAGGAGGUCCUGGACAACCUGGACAGUCAUCUGAAGAAGUCAGAGUACUUCCGCUUCCUGUGGUUCCCGCACAGUGAGAAUGUCAGCAUCAUCUACCAGGACCACACUAACAAGCCACCGUCCUCUUCAGCCAGCUGGUUUUGGGACUAUGCCAUUGGAUUCUACUUACUGGAGUUCCUUCUGUGGACCAGCACCUUCUUGCCGUUCCUUGUCUCCUGGAUCAACCGCUUCUUCUUCUGGCUGCUAUUCACCCGCAAGAGGGAGAACAGCCAUGUGAGCCACAAGAUCUUCACCUAUGAGUGCCGCUUCAAGCAGCAUGUCCAGGACUGGGCCAUCCCCAGAGAGAAGACCAAGGAGGCCCUGCUGGAGCUAAAGAACAUGCUGGAAGCUAACCCUAAGGUGGUGGCCCAUUACCCUGUGGAGGUGCGCUUCACCAGGGGUGAUGACAUCCUGCUGAGCCCCUGCUUCCAGAGGGACAGCUGCUACAUGAACAUCAUCAUGUACAGGCCCUACGGCAAGGACGUCCCUCGGCUGGACUACUGGUUGGCCUACGAGACCAUCAUGAAGAAGUUUGGAGGCAGGCCCCACUGGGCCAAGGCCCACAACUGCACCCGGAAGGACUUUGAGAAAAUGUACCCUGCCUUCCCCAAGUUCUGUGCCAUCCGUGAAAGGCUGGACCCCACGGGAAUGUUCCUGAAUACCUACCUGGAGAAAGUGUUUUACUGA